AUGUGGCGAUGUGACGAGACAGUUUACGACAUUGGCAAGGAUUACCUUGAAGAAAGGUUUGAUCAACAACAUGCAGUGGCUUCAGAAUUAAUUGUCCCCAAGAAAAGGAAAUCAAAAGUCAAAAAGGAACAAACUUGUACUAAGACAAAAGGGGAGAAAGCCCGGCUUGGAUCAUAUGACAGGACAGAACCAGAAGAGCUUGAUGCCAUAAAACAUAUUAUUAGGCUAAGAGAAAAGCUCCGAUGGAAAACUCCAGUAUUUCCACAUAGUUUGAAAUACCGUCCUAAGAUUGCCCUUCAGAAGUGCAGUCUGAAGGAACCUUUGAGAGAUGAUGGUGAAUUUGUAUACUGCCUUCCUAUGGAAAACACAAGAGGCAUCUUCAAUGAGUAUGACCUUCAAGUAGUCUCUGCCCACAGAGCUAAAAAUUGCAAAGUAUUUUGGAUGGUCACCGCUUCAUUUGUCUCAAAGGUCACUAAAACAGGCACCGGCAAGGAAGACGUGGAACUCCUCUCUACCCUGGACUGGCUUUCAGAAAGACAUUACUUCUAUCUACUGCAGCAAUUUAAGAUAUUUUACAACUUCCGGAUGAAUAAAGCCUUUGUUACUUGGAAACUGAAUGUUAAAAGAAUUAAGACAGAGAAGAGCAGAUCGUACUUGUACGGCCACCUUUUCUGUGCUGACGAGCUAUUUCAAAGUUGCUUGCUUUAUGUAAGAGGCCUCUUUGAAGAUGCACUGAACCUCAAAAAGAACAAUGAAGACAACCCCUCCGCCGUACGCCUUAUCAAGCUGGACACCUCCCGCACUUAUGCUCUGGACAAGUUUUGUGAAGAGCAGAUACAGCAAGCCACCCAGGCACUAGUACAACUCAAGGAGAUCAGGACUAAGGCAAUUGCGGAGAUAAAAAGCACAGUCUUAAAGGUUGCAGAAAAGAAAGAUAUCAAAGAAUACUUUGAGUCAAAACCAUCUGAAAUUGGCACAAUGCAUUAUAAACUGCCGCAGUAUCGGUUUUUAUUAGAAACAAAUUUGAAGUUUUUAAGGCUGAUUGAUUACCUGUUUCAAGAACUCAUUUGCCAGCUCAUGAACUCUGCAGCCAGCCAGCUUUUGGAAGUGUUCAUUGGUUCUGCAAGGGUGCCCUUUUCAAAGGAGAAGAAGAAUGAAAGUCUCAUGAGAGCUUUCAAAGAAAGGAAGAUCUUUUCUAGAAAGAUAUCGAAUGAUGAUGGAGAAUUUAUUAAUCCAAGCUUACCUCCUCCUUCUGUUCAAAACUCAGAACCCAAACCAGACACUGAUGUUAAUGUGAUUUUAAACAGAGGGAAAGUGGAGAUGGACUUGAAAAGAACAUAUGCACCAAUAUUUGAAGUAAACCUAUAUUUGAGAAUUCUCUCUUCGGAUGAGUCUCCAGAGGACUCUGAAGAGAAGGCUCAGAAGUCUGACCAGACCCUUGACGAGUCUCUGACCUGUGAUGACGACGAACUCUUGGAAAACAGACGAAGUUAUGUGAGAACGUCAAGUGAAGACCUGCUCUUGAAGUACAAUCAGCCAAGCAAGUUUGGUUCCCUCCUCCAACGGAUCCUUUCCGACACAGGACUCCAGACUGAGUCUGAGCGAGGGCACUUCUAUAAUAAAUUUUCUGAAUUUCCAACAAACCUCUUUAUACAUCCCAGCAGACUGGACUUUUCAACACAAUUCCAAAAUGUGAUAGCAACUAUUGAAAAAUAUAUAACCACAAUCGUUCCUCUUCACCAAGACCCUCGCCUAUCUACCAUUAUUGAAUUGGUUUCCGUUCCAGAUUUAUCUAAUGAGUCAGAAAGUAUAGUCAAAUAUAAGAAGCACAUUCGAUGGCCAGAUUACUAUAUCCUUUUUGAAACUGAUGCUGACUAUCAAAACAAAAUUGUGAGUCUGCUGACCAUUAUUGGUAAUUCAAUGGGCCUGGUUACCAAUUACAGCUGCAGUUUUCUAAAGUAUUGUUACAUGGUAGAAAAGGCCAAAGUCAUGAGUAUGAAACUGCCAUUUAUGGGGAUCUUGACAUCAACAGAGUUUAAAAGUAUAAUACAUAAGUUCAGAAACUACCUAAAACAGAUUGUGACUAUGGAUAUUGAGAUGCGCCUUGGAAUUUUUUGCGUGAAAAGUUUGGAUUAUCAAUUAGCAUGCUUACCAUAUGUUGAUAACAUCAUAGAAAUGAGCUACAACCUGUUACGUUAUGCAAUUGAGCAAAAAAACACGAAUCUAUUGGAAACCUUAGAUUCAUCACUGCGCCAGCUGGCUUGUGAGCCUGCACAAGUAGAGGAAUUUGUGGACCAUUUUAAUUUUUUGGAAGAAAUCACUUCGAGUGUUUCUGAAUUAGAAAGAGACAUUUCCACAAUUUCUCAGCUGUAUUCUGUUGUGAGGCAUUACCAGAUCGAUAUUUCUGAAGAGCAGAAGGCCAUCUACAGUAUCCUUUUCAUGAAGUUUAAUCAUCUAAAAACAGCUAUGAAGUUAAUUGCCACAAAUAAAGAGGCCACCCUAAAUAAAUUCAGGAACAGUUUGGAAACACAUAUUAUUGGCCUACGAGUAGAUGUCAGAAACCUAAAGGAUAAAAUAAGAAGUCCCAUCCUGCUGUGUGGGAGUACUCCAGUACCAAAAGCCAAAGACCUGGUCAAGUCUCUCACAGCGGAAGCGGCAAACUUGACUAACAAGGUGAAGACCUACGCAAGCUACCAGGACUAUUACGACGACUCCCAAUCCCACAUGCACUCCCUCAACAUGGAAGAGAUCACACAAAUUGUGUUGAGUGAGAUCUCUGACAUCGAGUGUGACCUGAUGCUGAGGAAACUCUUAUGGGACGCCCAAGAAGAGUGGGGCACCCUGUUCUGGGAGUGGAGGGGCUGCACUCUCCAAAGCAUAGAUAUGGACUUAGUGAGGAGCAGCGUCUCCAAGUGGCUGCAUAUAAUCAUCGUCCUGGAAAAAGGUUUACCUAAAAAUGACAUGGUAGCACACCUCAAGCAGUCAGUGCUGGACUUCAAGCAAGAGCUUCCAAUCCUCACAGCGCUGGGAAACCCUUGUCUCAAGCAACGUCACUGGAAGGCUCUGCGGGAGAUCACCGGAAAGGCAGUUUCCCUCAAUAAAAAUCUCUCAGUAGAGAAACUUCUAGCACUCAAGAUGUUUCCGUAUGAAAAGAAAAUAAAUGAAAUAUCGGUCUCGGCAACGAACGAAGCCACACUGGAGAAAAUGUUGUCUAAGGUCAUUGAGGUCUGGAACAAUUCUCCCCUGCAUUUGAUUUUCCAUCACACAGAGAGUUCCAACAUCCUCAUCAUUGCCUCCAUCGACGACACGAUCACUCAGCUGGAAGAAUCCCAGGCCAUCCUCGCCACAAUCAAAGGAUCUUCCUAUAUGACGCCAAUUAAGAAUCUUGUGAAUGAAUGGCAUCAAAACUUAAGCCUCUUCUCUUACACCAUUGAGGAAUGGAUGAACUGUCAAAGAAAUUGGCUUUAUCUUGAACCAAUCUUUAAUUCUUUAGAAAUACAAAAACAGCUGGCAGCUGAAACAAAACUUUUCUCCCAGGUGCUUGUCAUGUGGAGAGAAAUAAUGUCGAGAGUACUGAACAAGCUAAAUGCUUUGCAUAUAACUAUCUCUACAGGAGUCAUCAACGUUCUGAAAAUUUGCAAUACAAAUCUUGAAAAUAUAAAGAAAAGUCUGGAGGAUUACCUUGAAAUUAAAAGAAUGAUUUUCCCAAGAUUUUACUUUCUCAGCAAUGCUGAGCUUCUUGACAUUCUAGCUGACAGCAGGAAUCCCCAGUCCGUGCAGCCUCAUCUCGUGAAAUGUUUUGAAAACAUAAAACACAUGCUACUAUGGAAACAAGAAGUUGGCCCUCCGGCCGUGAAGAUGCUCAUCUCUGCUGAAGGAGAAGGCCUUGUGCUACCCAAGAAAAUUCGUGUGAGAGCCGCUGUAGAGCAGUGGAUGGUGAAUGUUGAGAAGAGCAUGUAUGACGUGCUGAAAAAAUUUUUAAUUCAAGGCAUUGAAGACCAGAAUGACAAGACUUUUCCUGAGUGGGUACUGUCACAUCCAGGACAAGUGGUCAUCACUGUGAGCCAGAUCAUGUUUAAUAGUUAUUGUCUGAAAGGUUUUAUGAGUUCUAAUCCAAGAGAAAAGCUAGAAGCAGCCCAUGCCCAUGUGCUGAGUCAAAUGGAAGACUUGACCGCCCUGGUCACCCUGAAUACUAGCAACUUUCGCGCAAAAGUCAUGCUAGCAGCAAUGCUGACCAUAUCUGUGUACUGCCGAGACAUCGUGAGGGACCUGCUAGAUAAGAACAUCUCUAGCGCAGAGGACUUUGACUGGACGAGGCAUUUGCGAUAUAAAUGGGAUGAAAAGCAGAAGUUGUGUUACGUAUCUCAAGGAAACACCAAUUUUGUUUACGGCUAUGAGUACUUGGGCUGUGCACCAAGGCUGGUCAUCACGCCCCUCACAGAGCGAUGCUGGCUGACUCUCACCACAGCGCUGUCCUUCAACCUAGGAGGCUGCAAUGCCGGGCCGGCAGCUGUAGGGAAAACUGAGACUAUUAAAGACCUGGCGAGAAGCUAUGGCAAACAUUGUGUGGUGUUCAACUGUUUUGAAGAUUUGGAUUAUAAGAUAAUGGGGAAAUUAUUCUUCGGGUUGGUGCAGUCGGGAGCUUGGUGCUGUUUCGAUGAGUUCAACCGGAUAGAUAUAGAAGUUCUCUCGGUCAUUGCCUCGCAGAUCCUAACCAUCAAGGUUGCAAAAGACAGCUACUCUGUGAGAUUUCUACUGGAUGGUAAAGAACUACGAAUCAAUAUGUCAUGUGCCAUGUUUGUCACCUUAAAUCCUGGAUAUAGAGGUCGAGUUGAGCUCCCAGGGAACUUAAAAUCUCUGUUUCGCCCGGUGGCAAUGAUGGUGCCCCACCACAAAAUGAUCACUGAAAUAAUUCUCUUCUCAUUUGGCUUCAAAUCUUCAAGAUCACUAUCAGGAAAGCUCGUUAACCUUUACGAUUUAGCCAGCAAGCAGCUGUCAAAGCAGGAGCAUUAUGAUUUUGGCAUGAAGACCUUGAAGACAGUUUUAAUAAUGGCAGAAAAGAAGAAACAGGAGUAUAAAUGCGACUGCGGCAAGAGCCUUUCAGAAGCAGACGAAUCUCUGAUCGUUAUCGAGGCAAUCCAAGAAGCUAGCUUAUCAAAGUUCCUUCCCGAAGACGCCCCACCUUUUGAAAAGAUCAUGGAAGAUACUUUCCCUGGAAUAACGGUUUCAAAAGUCUGUCACCUUGCCUUGGAGAAAGCAAUAUCUAUUGCAACAGAACAAUUAAACUUUCAACAUUGGCCUCCUCAGAAAGAGAAGAUCAUACAGUUGUACCAUCAGCUCCAGGCUUGUGUCGGUGUGAUACUAGUGGGCCCAACAGGUGGAGGGAAGACGACCGCCAGGAGGAUUUUAGAAAAAGCAUUAAUAAUCCUUCCUGUGGCAGCUAAUUUAUCACUUAAAGAAAGGCAAUCUGAUUCAAAGCUUGUAGGAAAAAAAGGAAAAGUUGAUGUUUGUGUUUUGAAUCCAAAAUGUAUCACCCUUAGUGAACUAUAUGGACAGUUGAACAUUAAUACCAUGGAAUGGAGUGAUGGGUUAUUGUCAGCAGCAGUUCGAAAUUUUGUGCACAUUAGCACUGCAGAAUACUCCAAGAACGACAGUGAUCUUAGACUAAUGUCAAGAAUUACAGAUUUAUCUAAUAUUUUCCAAGUUGGUGUCUCCACGGCAGCAGAUAUCGAUAACAAUGUUUUCAUGAAGGAAGUAGAAAAAGAUGUUCAAACUUCAGAAACUUAUAAUUUCGAUUGGCAGUGGAUUGUUUUAGAUGGUCCAGUCGACACCUUAUGGAUAGAAAAUCUAAACACUGUCCUUGAUGAAACUAGAACAUUGUGCCUGGCCAACAGCGAAAGGAUGGCCCUGACUAACAAAAUCAGAGUGAUUUUUGAAGUGGACUCUAUCUUUAAUGCCACGCCUUCCAUUAUCACCCGGUGUGCAGUGGUGUACAUGGACCCUGUUGAUCUGGGAUGGAAGCCUUAUAUUAAGUCGUGGCUUUUGAAAACCUCAAAAACCAUAAGUCAGCGAGGAAUGGAGUGUCUUGGAUUAAUGAUUAAAAAGAGUGUUACAGAAGGGCUGGAGUUUCUGAAAAGGCACAGGAAGUUUAUGCCAUACCCCAUACAGGAUGUGUCGGUCAUCAUGACGCUCUGCAGAAUUCUCGAUGCUUUGUUUGAGUUCAUGCACAUAAAGAGGGGAGGGGCAAAAAGUGAUGACGAAACGGAUGACACCUUCACUAGAGAGACAAAAGCUAUGAGAGUCAAGUUCAAGAAUACAGAAAAGAGCUACUACAGGGAUGAGAAUGCAUGGUACCUGGAAAAAAAUCCUGAAAAGUUAACAGUAAUGAUUCAGAAGAUCUUCGUGUUUGCGUUUACAUGGGCAUUUGGAGGGGUUUUAAAGCGCGAAGACCAACAUGAAGAAGACUUGCUAUUUCGUUCAAGUUUUGAACCUGAUUCUCUUGCAGAAGUAACCUACAAUUUUGACAACCUUGUUCAUGAAUUAUUUGAAGAAGAGUCAGAAAGAGACGGAGGGAUCAACUUACCAGGUGGUGAACGGUCUAUAUUUGGGUAUUUUGUGGACUUACAGAAUUGUGAGUUUAUGCCUUGGUCAGAUUUAGUUCCUAGUGCUCUGACAAUAAUUCAGAAAGGGACAUCGUUACUGACUGACUUCCAGGGAUCGAGUGACACUGUGCUGAGGAUGAAGGAGUGCGGGGAGUAUGUGAACUACACUGCUACCCGGGACACCAUCUGCCUGUCUUUCCUCAUGAGUCUUCUCCUGAAGAAUUCCUGCCCUGUACUUCUGACAGGAGACACCGGUGUCGGGAAGACCACUGCCAUCACGGAGAUGCUUGACAAGCUAGAGGGCCGAGGAACAUUCGAUAUAAAAUUCGGGUCAAUUUUAGGAAAAGUCCUGUUACAUAAUGAAAUUAAAAGAACAAGCCUAAGGCAGAAUAUCAACAUCUUGAUUGCUGAGACCUACAAAACAGCACUCGGAGGUUUUGAUCAGAGUACAAGGAGAGUGGAGAUUAAGAAUGAUGAAACCCCAGUUAAAAAUGACAAAGGAAUUAUAGUCUCUACAAUAAACUUCACCACCAACAUGACAGCCACCAAAACCAAGGAGCUGAUUCUACGGAAGUUAGUCAGAAGGACCAAAGACAUACUUGGAGCCCCGAAAAACAACAGGAUUGUAGUGUAUAUUGAUGAUUUGAAUAAGCCGGUACCAGACGCAAGUGGAGCACAGCCACCCCUGGAAUUGAUCAGACAGUUAUUAGAAAUGGGUGGGCUUUAUGAUACUGAAAGAAACACAUGGAAGACCAUUCAAGAUCUUGCUAUAAUUGCUUCCUGUGCACCUUCUGCCAGUGGGAACGAUGUCAGCCCUCGCCUCCUCAAACACUUCUCUCUGCUGGUGCUGCCUAAUCCUCCACAGAGCGCCCUGUAUACUAUCUUCCGGGCUCACUUGGGAAUGUAUUUCUCCAUCCAUAACUUCGCAGCUGAGGUUCAGAGGUGUAGAGACCAGAUUGUGCUUUGCUCCCUGGCGAUAUACUAUCAAGUCUGCAAGAACAUGCUGCCAACGCCAACCAAAUGCCACUAUAUGUUUAACCCCCGAGACAUGUUCAAGCUUCUACUGGGAUUGAUGCAAGCAGACAAGAGUGUUAUCAACUCCAAAGAGAUGGCUGCUAAGCUCUUAGUCCAUGAAGCCAGCCGAGUGUUUCAUGAUCGUUUAGUUGAGUCCAGUGAAAAAAGUCUUUUCUACCAGCUUCUCUCAAAGGAACUCCAAAACCAUCUGCAGAUCCAUUGGACCCACGAAAGCCUGAUGAAUAGCCCAACUGUAUUUGUGGACUUCAUGGAUGUAAACAAGCCUCACAGAAAGAAGAUCUACCAGAGCACCAAUAACUACAACAAAAUUUUCAGCAUACUUAAGGAAUUCCAAAUGAGGUCGGGCUCAACAUCUCUGGAGAUGUCUCAUUCAAUUGUAUUCUUCAAGGAAGCUAUGGAGCACAUUACAAGAGCUACCAGGAUCCUCCGACAGCCAGAGAGUCACAUGUUGUUGAUUGGAAUCGAGGGAUGUGGAAAAGAAACUUACUCAACCUUAGCCUGCUAUGUGGCAGAACAUAAAAUCCACCGAGUGCCUAUAGCUCACAACUCUGCCAUCUCAGACUUCAGAGAAAUGUUUAAGAAGGUGUUUAUUCAAGCCGGCUUGGAAGGGACCCCCACUGUUGUCAUGGUCCCCGACUUACAAGAAGGGCAAGCAUCAUUUCUGGAAGAUUUGAACUACAUUAUCAACGGAGGAAAGGUCGCUACUUUGUUUGAGAACGAGGAGCUGGAUUCUAUUGUUAUGAGAAUGAGAACCUUUGCUGAGCUGUCUAAUUUCAUGGAUGACAGAAAAUAUCUACUCUCAUUGUUCCAGAAGAGAGUAUCUAAAAACCUGCACAUUUUUAUCAUCAUGAGCCCUGUAGGAUCUAACUUCCGCCAUAACUGCAGGGUUUACCCCUCUAUGAUUACGGCCUGCACCAUCGACUGGUUCCAGAGGUGGCCCGAUGAGGCCCUCCUUCUUGUGGCCAACUCCUACCUAGGAGAAAAGUUGAAAGUGGAGAACAAGGUGAAUAUAGUAACACAGUUUGCCCCAGCGUGUGUUGAAAUCCACAAAAGCAUGAAAAAUUUGAGCACAAAAUUCUUUGAAGAUACUGGAAGACACUAUUAUGUCACUCCUAGUAGCUACUUGAAGUUUCUGGAGACGUUCAGCCACUUUCUGAGCAUCAGACAGGAGGCAAUGCGGACGAAAAGGAACCGCUUCUACAUGGGACUCUCCAAGAUCCUGGAAGCCACUGUGUUAGUCACGGACAUGCAGGAAGAGCUUUUGAUCAUUGGCCCUCAAAUAGAACAAAAAACAAAGGAAAAAGAAAUCCUGAUGGAAAAGCUACGGAAAGAUUCACAAAUAGUUGAAAAAGUUCAGGUACUUGUGAAACAGGAUGAGGAGAUCGUGGCUGAAGAAGUAAGGAUUGUGGAAGACUAUGCUCAGAAAACCACCAAUGAACUAAAAAGUGUGCUGCCCGCUUUAGAAAAGGCAAUUGUGGCUCUGAAUGCCCUGGAUAAAAGUGAUAUUUCUGAAUUAAGAGUGUAUACACGGCCCCCCUUCCUUGUUCUGACAGUCAUGAAUGCUGUGUGUAUCCUUCUACAGAAGAAACCUAACUGGGCAACAGCCAAACUUCUGCUUUCCGAAACCAGCUUCCUAAAGAAACUGAUUAACCUGGACAAGGACAGCAUCCCUGAUAAGGUGUUCCUGAAGCUCAGGAAGAUCUUAAAUUUGCCUGAUUUCAAUCCCAAAAAGAUUGCUCUGGUUUCUGUGGCUUGUUGCUCCAUGUGUCAGUGGGUUAUAGCCUUGAAUGACUACCACGAAGUUCAGAAGAUGGUGAGCCCUAAGCAGGCACAAGUGGCUGAAGCUCAGAAUGUCCUUCGAAUUGCAAAGCAAAGGUUGUCUGAAAAACAAAGAGGUUUGCAACUGAUUGAAGAACAUUUACAUUUUUUACACACAUCCUACAAAGACAUUGUUGCUGAGAAACAACAGCUGGCUUAUCGGAAGAAGCUGGCCACCAAGCGGCUGCAGUGCGCGUCCAUCCUGCUAACCGUCCUGGAAGACGAGAAGAUUCGAUGGCAAGAAACAAUCAAGGAAAUAGACAAGAAGCUGAGAGGCAUCUGCGGUGACAUACUUCUUUCCUCCGCGUCCAUUGCCUACAGCGGAGUCUUGACACCAGAGUUCCGCCAGCCAGAGAUGCAGAAAUGGGAGGGCUUCUGCACUCAACACAAGAUUUCCUUGUCAUCCAAAUUUUCCUUAAUGGAAGUGAUGGCAGAAAAAAAUGAGAUCCGCCGAUGGCAUAAUCAAGGGCUGCCUCUCGGUCAGCACUCAACUGAAAAUGCCAUCUUGAUGAAAAGUACCCAGCAGUGGCCACUGGUGAUUGACCCACACAAACAAGCACUCCACUGGAUCCGUCAGAUGGAAGGGCCCCAGCUGCAAGAGAUUUCCGCGGAAGACAGCAGUUACCUCCAAAUGCUUAAAACCGCCAUGCAAGUGGGAGCCUGUGUCCUCUUGCAGAACGCCCCUGAGGCAUUCCCUCCCAGCUUGAUGGCAAUUCUAAAGAAGGAUAUUUGCCAGAAAAGAGGGCAUUAUUACAUCAGAAUCGAUGAUGCUGAGAUUGAAUACAGUGAAAACUUCAGGCUGUACUUGUCUACAGAACUGGACAACCCCCACUUUCUUCCGUCAGCUUAUAACUUUGUUACUAUUAUCAACUUCACGGUAACAUUCCAGGGCUUGCAGGAUCAGCUUUUAUCGACAGUAGUAAGUCAUGAAGUUCCUCAUUUGGAAAACCAACGUGCCCAGUUAUUAGAGAGUAUUUCCCUUGAUGCUAUAACUCUGGAGGAACUGGAGGAUAAAACAUUGACUUUACUCCAGAAAACAGAAGGAAGUGUAUUGGAUGAUGAAGAAAUUGUAGAAACCCUAAGAAAAUCCAAAAUGACUUCAAAUGAAAUUUCCAAACGUAUCAAAGAAACAGAGAAAGCAGAACGUGAAAUUGGAGCGAUUCGCAAGAACUACCUCCCCAUAGCCACAAGGGGCGCCCUGCUCUACUUCGUGCUGGCCAGCCUCACGCAGGUGGAGUACAUGUACCAAUUCUCUCUGGAGUGGUUCCGGCAGGUUUUCGUUUUCUCUACAGUUUCCAAAACCAAAGAACAAAAGCCCGAUUGGCAAACGGACGAAACAGCUCAGGAAAAAGCCGAUGAGAUGAGUGUCUCGAAUCAACAGAAUCUGGAAAAUCCCUUGACCAAGAAUACUAAACAUGCAAUCGACGUGCUGACAAGAAACGUGUUUAGGGUGGUCUCUUCAGCUCUAUUUAACGAGCAUAAACUCUGCUUCUCCUUCCGGCUUUGCACCACAAUCAUGAGAGAUGCCAGCGACCGUCUGAUGGCCAGUGACAUAGGAUUUCUACCAGAAGAAGAAUGGAACAUCUUUUUAUAUUCUGGCAUUUUGAUAAAUAUUAAAAAUAUGCUACUAUCCAAGCCUCGACUGAAUAGUAUAUUUGAAAUACGUAGAAAGGAGCAUCUUCAGUGGGUGUCGGACCUGAGAUGGAAGCAGUGUCAGUACAUCAGCAGCCAGAUGGAGCCCUUCUCCCUUCUCUGCGGAUCUCUCCUGUCGAAUAAGUGGCAGUGGAAUGCCUUCAGGGACACGAAGGCCGUGUACUCUCUAAUGUGCACACCCUUCUCCCUAGAAGAGGUUUCACCUCAGGAAAGUCACAGAUCACCAGAGGAGGCUGCACUUCUGAAUGAAAAUGAUGAAAUGUUUAACCCUAUAAGUUUUCCUUGGGAAAAACUCACUCCGUUUCAAAGGCUUAUUUUGAUUAAAGUUCUUCGGCCAGAUCGUUUAGAGAAUUCAGUAAGAAAGUUUGUAACUGAAAAAAUGGGAAGUGAAUAUAUCCAUGAGACUACAGUUCAUCUGAAAGAAUCGUACAAAGAGUCCACUGCUCAAACACCGCUGAUCCUCAUUCACACCUAUGGGAUUGACCUCAACAACAUCCUCCUGAGAUUCGCACAAGAGUUAAAAGGAACAACACCACAGGUGACGAUGAUUUCCCUGGGCCGAGGCCAGGCAGCCAAGGCGGAGGAGCUCAUCUUUAAGGCCGUGGGCAGAAAGAAUCAGUGGGUCUUCCUCCAGAACUGCCACCUCGCAGCAUCCUUCAUGCCAAGGCUCUGCGCUAUCAUAGAGUCAUUUAGUAAUCCAGAUAUGACGUUAGACCCUGACUUUAGGCUUUGGUUGAGCUCAAAAUCAUAUGGUUCUUUCCCAAUUCCUAUUCUUCAGAAGGGCGUGAAGAUUGCUGUGGAGCCUCCCCAGGGAUUGAAAAGCAAUUUACUUCAAAUGUUUGGAUAUGGCGGGAGCGGAGAAGUAACAGAAGAGAUAUUUGACAAAAAUGACUGUGGACCAUGGUGGAAAAAGAUUCUAUUCAGCCUCUGUUUUUUCAAUGCUGUGAUCAACGAGAGGAGAGUGUAUGGAACACUAGGCUGGAAUGCCCCUUACAAAUUCAGUUCUUCAGACUUAGAGGUUUCCAUAAAGAUACUGGGAAAUGUCCUCCCUGGCCGGUCAGAAAUUCCAUGGAAGGAGCUCAACUACCUGAUUGCAGAAGUGACCUAUGGUGGCCACAUCACUGAUAAAUGGGACAAGCGAUGCCUGAAGACCCUCUUCAACAAGUUCUGCAGCCCUGAAGUGCUGAAGGCUAACUUCAGUUUCUCCAGCGAUGAGGGGUACCAGCCAGUGCCCAGCUCUGCAAGCUUACAGGACUGCAUACACAUUAUCCAGUCCUUGCCUGAUGACGACUCUCCUGAAAUCUUGGGGAUACACCCCGAAGCCACACACACCUGCAGUGAAAUCAAGUGUCAGAAGUUCAUUGAAAAUCUCAUCACCAUGCAGCCAAAAGCUGCUCCUGUCAACCUCAUGAUCAAUCCCGAGCAGAGCAAUGAUGACCUGGUGAUGGAGAUCCUAUCUGACAUCCUGGUUCAGCUGCCCCUGACAGUGGAGAACGAGGAAGCCUCAGGGCCUGAGAGUCAGAGCACAUUCAAGUUCAUCUUGUCAAGUUCAAUGUGGGAGAAACUUCAGAACAGUGUUGAAGGCUAUGAUCCCCUCAUCCACUGCAUCCUGAUAACCUUUCUGAGCCAAGAAAUAGAGCGUUUCAAUAAGUUAUUAUCUGUCAUACAUAAAUCCUUAAAGGAUCUUCAACUUGCCAUAAAAGGAGAGAGCAUCCUCACUCAGGAUCUGGAGGAGAUCUACGACUCUUUCCUUAGAGUCAAGGUGCCCAAGCUGUGGCAGAAGAACGCCUACAGGUCCUGCAAGCCCCUGAGCUUCUGGGUGAACGACCUCAUCCAGCGGGUGAACUUCUUCAAUACCUGGGCCAAAGUGGCCUACGCUGCCAUCCACCACCGGUAUAUGACAUUUGUCACGACCUGGAAACAGUCAACAUCAGCCAACCAGAAAUUCAGACAUCCCACUGACUCUGCUAGCCAUUUCGUCGAAGGCUUCCCUGCAAGAUACUGGCUCCCCGCUUUCUUCUCUCCACAUGCCUUUCUUACUGCUGUGCUUCAAGACUAUGGAAGGGCCCAGGGAAUCUCCAUGGACAUGCUGACUUUCUCUCACAAAGUGAUUCAUAGAACCAGCACUAUGCAGGAGGAUGAAUUUUCUAAACUGCUCCAGAAGAGGCUCAACAUAGUCAGGAGAGCCUUCCAGCAAGCCCAAGACCACUCUCCCAAUGGAGUGUGUAUUUUUGGUUUAUUCAUUGAGGGGGCACGGUGGGAUCCUGAACAGGAAGUGCUAGAAGACUCACUACCCGCUGACUUACGCUGUGAAUUUCCUGACAUCCACUUUUUGCCAACAAAGAUUGAAGCAUCCCAAGCUUCUCACUACACAGACUCAGAACGCCACACUUUUGAAUGUCCAGUUUUCCAAACACCUGAGAGGUCAAGAAACACUACUGAUUCGCCAACAAACUUACUAACAUCCGUGCAUUUACCAACGAAGAAGCCUCCCAGUCACUGGAUCACCAUGCAGGUUGCACUGCUGUGUGAAAAGAAUGAAUGA